CUGCUACCCCGCACGAGCUGCUACCACAACCCCACAUAACGUCUAUCUCAAGACAGUCCGGAACUUAACUGGCUUGCUGGACCCCUGUCUCAACUCUCCAGCUCAUACUACUCAACUUGCUUGACCAUAACGUCUUUUGAAUCCACACUGCGAUAUCCUGAUACUUACCUGCGAACAUGUCGAGAUCAUCAGGGAGCAAGGAGCCCGUAGGAUUCGGUACACAUAUAACGGCCGGAGGUAUCGCUGGUGCUAUGGAGGCUCUAUGUUGUCAACCACUAGACACCAUCAAAGUCCGGAUGCAGCUCUCUCGGUCAGGUCGUGCUGCAGGCACAAAACCCCGCGGUUUCCUCGCCACCGGCGCCAUGAUCGUCAAACGCGAAACGCCCCUCGCGCUCUACAAAGGUCUCGGCGCCGUCCUCUCCGGCAUCGUCCCGAAAAUGGCCACUCGGUUCGCGAGUUUCGAGGCUUAUAAGGAGUGGUUGGCGGAUGAGAAGACGGGCAAGACGAGCGUUGGGAAUAUAUUCCUUGCUGGUCUCGGCGCGGGAACGACCGAAGCCGUCGUCGUCGUCACACCCAUGGAAGUCGUCAAAAUCCGCCUACAAGCCCAAAUGCACUCCCUCGCCGAUCCGCUCGAGACGCCGCGAUACCGUAACGCGGGACACGCGGUGUAUACGAUCGUCAGGGAGGAAGGUAUUAGCGCGCUGUAUAGGGGGGUGACGUUGACGGCUGUUAGGCAGGCUACGAAUCAGGGCGCGAACUUCACGGCGUACCAGGAGAUCAAGAAACUCGCACAUCGGUUACAGCCUGAGUUGGACGGAUUGGAGUUGCCAUCGUAUCAGCAUAUGGGUAUUGGACUGAUCAGCGGAGCUAUGGGCCCAUUCUCGAAUGCGCCGAUCGAUACUAUCAAGACACGCCUCCAAAAAUCCUCCUUCCCCCCCUCCACCUCCGCCCUCUCCCGCAUCUCCUCCAUCGCCACCGAGAUGUGGCGCGUCGAAGGCGUGUCCUCCUUCUACAAGGGCAUCACUCCGCGCGUGUUGAGGGUCGCGCCUGGACAGGCGAUCGUGUUUGCGGUUUAUGAGCGGGUGAGGGGGUGGAUUGAGAGGGGGAGGGGGGUUAGUGAGGGGGAGUGGAGUAGUGAGUGAGGUGGUGCGGUGGGGAGGGGGAGGGGUGGGAGAGGUUAGGGAUGGGGAAGGGGUGGGACAGGGGAGAGAGAGAAGGGGGAUAGAUAGGUUGUGUUUGUUUGUGGUGGUAGGGGCCCGGGACUGGUUGUGUGUGGGGUAUGGUUGCGUACUGGAAGGGAUUGUUAGACUCUGUUAUGAACUUUUGCAUUCCAUGGCUUCUGUAUUAUAUGCAUGUAUGCUACAUGACUAGUCUGCCAGCUCACAUUCAG